AUGAUGCUAGGUUUAAGAAGGAGUUUUGGCACAUCCACGAUUUUGAAAAGUACAGCUGCUGCUGCUGCUACCGCCGUUUCGAACACAACUAGUAUGUCUUCUUCAUCUAAUAUAUCGAUGGGUUCGGUACUUAGUACACCACAAGUUAAAUUAUCCAAAGAUCAGUUAAAGAAAAGAGAACUAAGAAGAGCAACUAUAAACAAGAGAAAUGCUAGAAAACCAGCUUCUGAUAGUCCUGUAUAUUUACCGUUGCCAAUGGCGUUGCGUUACUUACGUGCUGCAGAGGUUGGAUUUACGAGAAAUCAAACUACGCUAACCAUAACAACCUUAGUUGUUAGUGAACGUGGUAAUCAACCGUUAAGAGGAAAGAUUUUUUUGCCACACUCUUUGUCAGCCAAGGGUGAUAGUACCAAGAUUAUGGUUUUCGUUGGCGAUGAAAGCAAAGUAGGAUAUUACAAGGAUGAAUUAAAUUGUGAAACAGUCGGUGGUUCUAAAUUAGUGGAAAGUAUUAAAAAUGGUUCAAUUGAUGUAUCUAACAUUAAAAUGGCUUUUGCAACACCCGAUAUCGCACCAAGUUUAAAUAAAGAAUUAGGCAGAAUUUUGGGGCCAAAGGGGUUGUUACCCACAGCGAAGAGAGGUACUGUUGCUGAAGAUUUGACUACAUUGAUCAGGGAGAGUGUUGGUGCUAUGCCAUUUCAGCAGAAAAGAAAUGUUAUCAGUGUUCCCAUUGGGAAAGUACAACUUAGUGAUUUACAGAUUGCUGAAAAUAUUCUAGCUGCUAGAACAGCUAUCAUGAAAGCUUUGGGUGAACAAAAAAGUAAAAAGCCUAGUAUUUUAGGUCAAACUACUAUAAGCAGCACUCACGGCCCGGGCAUUGUCAUUGACUUUAAAUAG